CAGUGGGCCCAACUCGCCGCAGCGUGUAGUCUCCAAUCUGCGCGGCUUCCUCACCCAUCGCCUGAGCAAUAUCACACCGAGCGACACAGGUUGUUCACUGGCAUUCGUACAACACCAAAUUCAACAACAACUACACGAAAACAUGUAAACCACACAAGAGCAGCAAUAAUUGUUAACCAAAAGCAACGAUAAACCACCUCAAAAGCGAGCUGAAAAAAAACUGAUUAAGAGAGAAAGUGUGGAAGAGCGGAAACGGAAGUAGUCAUAUUUUUGCAAGCAACUUCCGGCUGUGACCAUGACAAGCUCCCAGAUCGGCGCAUGAAACCGCAAUAAAGAAAAGCUUUAAGGCAAACUGAAGGAGACGAAGGUAACUGUCAGUACAAAGAGGAUAGAAAAAAAGAGAAAGAGCUAAAGAAAGCAAAAGCUGGGAGAAUAAGAGAAAGAAAGUCCUUAAAAACCUCUACAACUAAAAAAACAGAGCAACCACCAAAAUGGCCUCCUCAUUCCAAAUACCUGUAAUCAACCUCGAGCUGCGAGAGGUCAAGGAGAUCGUCUGGGAGAAGAUCCAGGAGCCGGUGAACCAGCGCCGCCUCAUCCUGGUGAUCGUGUCCAUAGCCCUGCUCCUGGACAACAUGCUCUACAUGGUGAUAGUGCCGAUUAUACCCGACUAUCUGAGGGAAAUAGGCAGCUUUGAUGAUGGACCAACGCCUCCGCCAUUACGGGAUAAUAUCACGGGAAAAAUCAUUCCUGUACACCACGACCACCAUGGGCAAGACUCGGCCACAGGUAUCCUCUUUGCCUCGAAGGCCAUUGUCCAGCUGAUGGUGAAUCCUUUUUCGGGAGGCCUUAUCGACAAGAUCGGCUACGACAUUCCUAUGAUGAUCGGCUUGACCAUUAUGUUCUUCUCCACGGCUGUGUUCGCCUGUGGAAGCAGCUACAGUGUUCUGUUCUUCGCCCGAUCCCUGCAGGGAGCUGGAUCCGCCUUUGCGGAUACUUCGGGACUGGCCAUGAUCGCCGAUCGCUUUACGGAAGAGAACGAGCGCUCCCAAGCGCUGGGUAUUGCCCUGGCCUUUAUCAGCUUCGGGUGCCUGGUGGCGCCGCCGUUCGGUGGAGCUCUCUACCAGUUCGCUGGCAAGGAGGUACCCUUCCUGAUCCUGGCGCUGGUGUGCCUGCUGGACGGGCUGAUGCUGUUGUUGGUGAUGAAGCCUGUAAAGGAGCAGAUUAAGCAGAGCAGGCAGGUGCAGGACCAAGUCAUUCCCAUCUGGCGUCUACUCAUGGAUCCGUACAUAGCCGUCUGCGCUGGAGCCCUGACCAUGUCUAAUGUGGCCCUGGCCUUCCUGGAGCCCACCAUCUCACUCUGGAUGGAGGACACAAUGACCACUGAUAACUGGAAAAUCGGAAUGGUCUGGCUGCCGGCUUUCUUCCCUCACGUCCUGGGAGUGGUCAUUACUGUGAAGAUGGCCCGGAAGUAUCCGCAGCACCAGUGGCUCAUGGCCGCCGGAGGACUGGCCCUCGAAGGACUCUCCUGUUUCAUCAUACCCUUCUGCAGUGGCUACAAGAUGCUGAUGUUGCCCAUUUGUGUGAUUUGCUUCGGAAUUGCCCUGAUCGACACCGCCCUGCUGCCCACCCUGGGAUACUUGGUGGAUGUUCGGUACGUCUCCGUCUACGGAAGCAUCUACGCCAUUGCGGACAUAUCCUACUCGAUUGCCUACGCUGUGGGACCCAUCAUUGCCGGAGGUGUUGUGGAGGCUAUUGGCUUCACGGCCCUCAACUUUAUGAUAGCCUUCUCUAAUCUGGCCUACGUCCCGGUGCUAAGAAAGCUGCGCAACAUCUACGACUUCAAACCUUUCGAAAACGAGGCCAACAUCCUGAUGCAGGACCCGCCCAACAAGGAGUACCAGACGUAUGUGAUGCACGACCAGAAACCUGUGGAGGGCGGCCUGAGAAAUCACCUGGAGUACGGGCAGCAGUAUCAGCAGGAGCAGGAGACCAACCUGGACGACCCAGGCUUCGACUACCAGGCGCAGCAGGGAUACCAGCAGGCGGAAGGCAGUUAUCAGCAGGAUCAGGGUUACCAGCCAGGCUACCAGGAGCAAGGCGGUAGCUACGCCCCUCAGGGACAGGCCCCCCGUGUGGCCAAUCCCUUCCAGCAGCAACAACAGCAGCAACCACAACAACAACAGCAGCCUCAAAGCAGAGGUCCUGCCGGAUCGGCGAAUCCCUUUAGGCAAGGAUUUUAAACUGUUGCCCAGCCCCAAAACCCUUUAAAACCAACAACCCGAAUAUUCCUAGCAUUAAAUCAUGUUUUGUUUUGUAUUCUUUGUUGAACCUACUACUAUAUAAACAUAUAGCCCCGAAAAAAACACAUAUAUUUAGCCUAGAAAUAUAUAGCAAGUGGUACGUACACUAUAACGAGCAUAACAUGCAGAUCAGAUAGUAAAAAGCAGCUAGUUAAAGCCUUGCACUGCACCAAUUUUGUAUUAUACACGAAUGUUGAAGCAACUAAAUAAUCAGGCAGUGAUGGGAGAGUUACUAACUCGGUUAUCUAGGUGGGGUGAAGGGUUUAAAUGUUACUCAAAAUCAAAAGAACUUAAAAUUAAAGAAUUGAACAGAUUUUGUUUCAUAUAUUGGCCAUAAUUCUAGAAUCUAGAUCAUCUAAAAAACCUCUUAAUGCCUUUUUUCAUAAUUUUUAUAAUUAUAAUGUCCACCUGACCAUUUUCCCCACCUAGAUAAAGUAUCAAGUCCCAUAUAUACUUCUUCCAUCAUUGCCAUUGAAUAUAUAUACAAAUCGCGUAUAUGCCUCAGCAUAUAUAGCAGCUAUAUAGAGUGGCCCGAUCGGGUCGCCUAUGCCCUAUACUCAGUACUCAUGCAGCCGUUUUCGUGUCUAUCAGUCAGUGAAGCUAGAGAAACCAAAGCCUAGGCAUAGUUAGUGGUUAAGGGGAGGGGGCGGCAUCAGCCCCCUCCCGCCAUAUCAAAUAUAUACAUACCAGAUAUUAUAUACACGCAAAUAUGCAAAUAUAGUGAAUAAAUAUAUACAAGUUAGUCCGUAAGCGGCUAGUCCGGCCAUCGGACCACUUUCGCUGAAGUGCCGCCGAGUGUUUGUUGCACAGACAGUGGCAUCAAUAUCGCAGACAUAUCAAAAGUUGCACAAAUCGAAACCCUCCCCCACAGAAGGAACUAUAUUUCGGGUGUCACUGUGGCGGACUUGCAGAGGAAGUGGCUUCCUGGCCGGAGCGGCUAUAUGAUUUCCGGUUCAAGAAAAACAUUUUCAGUUCGACCAUUUGUUAACAUAAGACACAACCAAGGUAACGAUACAUAUCAGAGUCGAAUGGCUCGCCUGUUAAAAUUACCAAAAGUGAUAUUACCUAUUGCUACUAGCCUCUAAAUUAUAUAUACUAUAUACAUAUAUCGUAUCAUAUCGUACUAAAACCUACUUUUAGGCCGUGCAUAAACUGUACAUAAGUUCUACAAAAAUUUGAAAUUCAGAUUCAAGUUUCACAUUUACCUACCAAUCAAUUAUUAUUUGCUUGACGACUCCAUGGGUCCCCGAAUCAGGGGAAUUAUACCCAUGAGAGAUCUUCGAUAGCAUAGCAUAAAUGUGUGUACCUUGUCUAUAAGAUAAAGAUAAACAUAACGAUAAAAAUAUUGAAAUAUACAGAUUAACGGUCUAAUUGUAUUUUGAAUUAUUUCGAAUGCACUUUUUGAUGGCAGUUUACUGCCACUAUAUAUUAUACACCUUUUAGCUGUAUUUAUACCAAUAGGAAAGCUGAUCUUUUUCAGCCCAUUUAUGUACAUUUUCUGAAUGUAUUUUAGCCUGCAAUUGAAAUUAGUUACGAGUACAUACACAAACUUUCAAAAUCCGUGAACAUAUCAGGCCAUUUCCGAACUGCUCUAAAUGCUAAGAGUAUCUUAUGACUUAUGAAAGCAAUUGAUUGGAUCGCAGUCUGCAAACUCAUACAUUAGAUACAUACAUAAAAAUGCA